AUGACCUCUGCCUUGCAGCACCCGGGGCUGGUGGCUGCCCAUCACGGAGCCGGCCAGGUAGCCUCAGCGGUGGGAGCAGCUGCAGGACUGGCCUCCAUCUGCGACUCAGAGACCGAUCCGCGGGAGCUGGAGGCGUUCGCGGAGCGAUUUAAGCAGAGGCGGAUCAAGCUGGGGGUGACCCAGGCGGACGUGGGCUCUGCUUUGGCCAACUUGAAAAUCCCCGGGGUGGGUUCCCUCAGCCAGAGCACUAUCUGCAGGUUCGAGUCCCUCACCCUAUCCCACAAUAACAUGAUCGCUCUCAAACCCAUCCUGCAAGCCUGGCUGGAGGAGGCCGAGGGGGCCCAGAGGGAAAAAAUGAACAAACCCGAACUCUUUAAUGGGGGGGAAAAGAAACGCAAGAGGACUUCAAUCGCUGCCCCAGAGAAGAGGUCCCUGGAAGCCUAUUUCGCUGUCCAGCCCCGACCCUCCUCCGAGAAGAUCGCAGCCAUAGCAGAGAAACUGGACCUCAAAAAGAACGUGGUGCGGGUCUGGUUCUGUAAUCAAAGACAAAAGCAGAAAAGAAUGAAAUUUUCUGCCACUUACUAA